AUGUCUCGCCCCGAGGACUCUCUCGCGGCCGACGUCCACUACGACGACACCGAAGCCCGCAAAUACACAACCAGCUCCCGCAUCCAAAACAUCCAAGCCUCCAUGACCCGCCGCGCCCUCGAGCUGCUCGACCUGAAAUCCCCCUCCCUCAUCCUCGACGUCGGCUGCGGCAGCGGCCUCUCAGGCGAGAUCCUCUCCGCCGUCGACCCGUCCGACGGCGGCCCGCACACCUGGAUCGGCAUGGACGUCUCCCCCUCCAUGCUCGACAUUGCGCUGCAGAGGGACGUCGAGGGCGACCUCCUGCUCGCCGACAUUGGCCAGGGCGUGCCCUUUCGCGCGGGCACCUUUGACGCCGCGAUUAGCAUCUCGGCAAUCCAGUGGCUGUGCAGCGCCGAGUCGAGCGAGACUUCGCCCACGGGGCGACUGAACCGCUUCUUCAACGGCCUUUACGCCUCGCUGAGGAGGGGCGGCCGCGCCGUCUGCCAGUUCUACCCCAAGAACGACACCCAGCGCAACAUGAUCACCCAGGCCGCCGUCAAAGCGGGCUUCGGCGCGGGUAUCCUCGAGGACGACCCCGGCACCAAAAACGUCAAGCUGUACCUCGUGCUCACCGUCGGCAACAAUGGCGGCGAGGGCGGAAACACGGACAUCACUGGCGUUGUGGACGGCAUGGACAAUGUCGACGUGCUGGAUGCGCGGAAGAGGCUCAAGGCGAAUAACGCGCAGCUCAAAAAGGGGAGCAAGGCGUGGAUCGUCAAGAAAAAGGAGCAGAUGGAGCGCAAGGGCAAGAUUGUCAAGGCUACGUCAAAGUACACCGGCCGCAAGCGUCGGGUGCAAUUCUAA